CGCUGCCAGGCGUAUGAGGAUAGGAUUACACGAGACUCCCAUGAGAGCUGUGCUACUCGCGACGAGGGCGUAGAAGGGUGACCACACUUAUUAACAAGCCGCUGGCACUUCCCCCGAGAGACGGAAGGAUGGCCGCUCACAAGAUGCCAGGGUUCUCCGUGGCGCCUGUGGAAGGACCGCUCGGUGACAAACUCCGGAAGGAACUGACGUCUGGCUUCUACAAGGACUUCGUGGCCAUCCAGCCCGGCGGCCACAUCAUGCCCAGCUUCUACCCGGCGUGGCACAGCAAAUACGCUCAGUUCCCCGUGAAGAAGGACGAUGUCUGGGUCAUAACUUACCCGAAGUCAGGCACGACGUGGACGCAGGAGCUGGCGUGGUGCCUCCUGCACGGGCGCGGGACGGAGGCAGGCAAGCAGGGCCUCAUGAGGCGCUUCCCCUUCUUCGAAUUCGACUCCCUGAUGCCGGACGAGCUCGAGACACCCCCGGACCAGGACCCCUUCGACCCCUGCCUCCCAGGAAACACCUGGAAGAUCAUGCACGCGAUGGCGGAGCCGCGCACCAUCAAGGCGCACCUGCAGAAGCCUCUUCUGCCGACACAGCUCUGGAGUGACAAGCCGAAGAUCCUGUAUGUGUGCAGGGAUCCUCGCGACGUCUGCAUCUCGUAUUACUUCCAUUCCGUGAAGUUGGACGGAUACACGGGGCAGAUGGAAGAUUUUGUUGAGCUGUUCCUCGGAGACAUGAUGACCUGGUCUCCCUUCUGGUCUCAUGUCCUAGACUUCUGGCGAAUGCGGAACGAGAACAAUAUCCUCUUCCUGCGGUUUGAGGAGAUGAAGGAGGACCUGCCAGCCGUGGUGAGGAAGGUGGCCAAGUUCCUGGGGAAGGCGGUGACGGAGGAGGAGGUCGAGAAGCUGGCCGACCACUGCUCCUUCGGCAGCAUGAGCAAGAAUAAAGCAGUUAACAAUGAAGAUAUCAUUGCACCAUCUUCAGAGCGUACCAAGAAUAUUAAAUUCAUGAGAAAAGGACAGGUGGGAGACUGGAAGAACCACCUGACGGAGGAGCAGGUGAAGGCCUUCAAAGCUUGGACUAUGAAGCACCUACAAGACUCUGACUUCCCGUACUACAGGGACUAUGAGUAGUGCACCUGAGCAGGAAAUGUGUACCGAACAAACUCACCCAGUGAAACGUGAGUCGAUGCAAGACCCACCCAUUCGACUUCGACCCUUGGACACUCUAGACCUUGAACAUCCAGAAUACACAGUAUAUAAAGCCUUUCGAAGGCUGCCUCUUCAAAUCUUACUGAACUGAAGUAGG